AUGAAAUAUUUAAGAAUAAUAUUACAAAAACUUAAUAGUAGCACAGACCUGAGUAAGAAAGAUGUGAUUGAAAAAAUGUUGAAUGCAUUGAAGGCAAAUAAUCCUAACUUGAAAUUAUCAGGUGUAAAUGACCGAUUUACAUUGGAAGUUACUAACCGUGACGCUCUACUAUCUGAAGAAGAAGCAACGUUUGAGGAUUGUACUCUAUUACAUGUAGCCGCUUUAUUCAAUUGUCAUAGACUAGCAAAACUUCUUAUAGAAAAAGGAGCGGAUCUUAACUCAAAAGAUGCACGUGGUCGUACACCGUUGCACUAUGCUACCAUGCAUGGUAGUAGAAAAGUAACAAAAGUUCUCGUUAACGAAGGAGCAGAUGUCUAUUCACAGGACUUUUUAGAAAAAACCCCUUUGUACUAUGAAUUUACAAGUAAGUAUCUAUACACCGAAAGGCCCUUAACCUAUUCUCCAAAAACUGCAAAACUCUUAUUAAAUAAAGGUGCAGAUCAAUCAUAUAUUCGUACAAUGAAUCCCAACAAAGCAAACAAACCUUUUGCUAUAAUUUGUAAAUUCACUGCAGCCAUAGGAGUUGUGGUGGCAUUAGGCUUGGCAUGGUAUAUGCUACCACGCAUACUAUUUGCUGAUCCAUAUAUCUUGGAAGUACUACUUCUAACCUUCGUUACAAUUGCAUCAAUGAUAGUUGGUGCUUCUGUAAUAUGUGGUGCUGUUUGCGGAACUAUGUAUAUGUUGGCAAAACGUGCAUUUAGUAGCACAUUAAAAGUAACAGAAAUCCUCGUUAACAAAAAAGCAGAUAUCUAUUCACAGGACCUUGAUCAAAAAAACCCUUCGUACUCUGAAUCUACAGAUAAGUAUCCAAAAACCUCAAGACUCUCAAUGAAUCCCGACAAAGCAAACAAACCUUUUGCUACGAUUUGUAAAUUCACUGGAGCCAUAGGAGUUAUGAUGACAUUAGGCUUUUGGUGGAAAUUCCUACCAUUUAAUGAGCCAUAUAUGAAUGAUCCAUAUGUAAUAGGAACAGUAUUUCUAACCUUCGUUACAAUUGCAUCAAUGAUAGUUAGUGCUUCUGUAAUAUGUGGUGCUGUUUGCGGAACUAUGUAUAUGUUGGCAAAACGUACAUUUAGUAGCAAAUUAGAUGAAGUGAGCUGUGAUGCCACCUUUCUUUCACAACAACCAGCUAACGGAUGA